AUGACGUCAUCAGUGACAAGAAUAUUGAUUGUUGGCGCUGGUUUGACUGGUGCCGUGACUGCGUCCAUUUUACGACGAGAAUUGAGAGAACAAGUAAAAAUUGUAGUCUUGGAUAAAAGCAGAGAAGCAGGAGGUCGCAUGAGUACGAGUCGAUGUCCUGAAGAUGUCAGAUGUACAGCUGAUCUAGGAGCUCAAUAUAUAACACAGACAUCUAUAUAUGCCAAACAACAUGCAAGUUUUUAUGAGGAGCUUCUCUCUAAUCACAUCAUAGAACCUUUUGUUGGUAUGAUUGAGGGAGAGAAACCAAGUGAAGAUGACAAAAGAAACUAUAUUACGCCUGAUGGAAGCAAUACUGUUGUGAAAUACUUUUUAAAUCAAGCUGAUGGGCAAGUCACUUAUAACAAGACUGUUUGUAAAGUUGAUGUUCAGGAAGAGAAUGGAAAAUCCUGUCUCCAUGCAACGACGGAAAACGAAAAUGAAAAGAUGGGUUUAUUUGAUAUUGUUGUAAUAACCGUGCCUGUACCACAAGCCAUAAAGAUAGGGGGUAUUGUUCAACAAGGCUUAGGUGAGUCAUAGUUGAAGUCACUGCUUGACAGUGUUGUGUAUUCAUCUCGCUAUGCCUUGGGACUCUACUUCAAACCUGGUUCUAAUAUUGAUGUACCAUGGUGUGGUAAAUAUGAAUACAAGGAUCCAUGUAUACGCUGGAUGGCUGUAGAUGCAAAGAAGAGAGGAAAAGAGAAUUCUGAUGUUGGAUCAUCUCUUGUUGUACACACCAGUGCACCGUUUGGUAUUCAGCAUUUAGAAACCGAUAAAGACCAAGUACAAGUCAUUGUAAUCGACCAUUUAAAAAAACUGCUUCUAAAUUUACCUCAGCCAAUCAGCAUUAAGUGUCAACGAUGGCGGUAUUCGCAGGUGUUCAAGUGUGUGCCGGACAGCCCAGGUACUCUCGUCGUCAAGGAGACUCCAUCCUAUAUGGUGUUGCUUGGUGGUGAUGCAUUCACACAUUCUAACUUUGAUGGAUGCAUCAGUUCAGCUACCGCCAUCGCAAAUAAAAUUAUCACUUUUCUGAAAGCUAAUAAAGUGUGAAUCAUGAGACUGUGAGGGCGCACUUCAAGCAAAUGAUUAUGUUGGUUUCCACUCUAAGCCUCAUGGCACACAAAGCCGCAGAAGCUCAGUAACUGGUAAUGGUACCAGCAUUCUGAUUGGCCAAUGAUAUUCUUGUUUUUUGUUCUAUUUUUGUUGGUUGUCUGACAUCAGCACUUAUGCUCGUGGUCGUUCUAUAUAUUGAG